AUGUCUUCUGCUCCUCUGCUGCAGUUCAAGGCCGGCAGGGCAUUCAGGCAGGGCGAGACGAACACGGUCGUCGCACAGCCAGACCGCGGCCUGGUCUACCUCCAGAACGAGGACGGCCUGCUCCAUUUCUACUACAAGGACCUCACUUCCGGCGCCGUCGCCGAGGACCUCAUCAUCUUCCCUGGCGACGCAACCUUUGUCAAGGCGACCGACCGCGUCCACGUCCUCAAGUUCAGUUCUUCCUCCGCCCGCCACUUCUUCUGGCACCAGGAUGCCGAGCUCUCGACGGACGAGUUCGAGCAAAGGGGACGGAUGGUCAACGAGUUGAUCGGGGCGGAAGACGUCGAGGGCGGAGCGGCGAUGGAGGUCGAGGCCGACACGACCGGCGGCGACGCAGCCAUGUCCGACGCACCCGCAGCCUCUUCCACUGCCGCGCCAGCUCCCUUCGAGACGCCAGCUCCCGCCCGCUCAGCUCCUCCGGCAGAUGCACCAGGAGCUCCGCGUAAAGGCGCGCAGUCGGCGGACCAAAUGGCGCAGCUGCAGAAUAUCCUCGCGAGUUUGGGUGGAGCUGGUACAGGCGCGAUGAUGGGAGCCGGCGCCGGCAUUCCCGAGUUCACGCUGCCCGAUGUCCUGCCUCCCUCUGCCGCUUCAUCUCUCAUCGCCUCCCUCCCCGACUCGUCCCUCUCCCACCUCGCCUCCUUCCUCCCUCCGCACUCUUCCCUCCCAACGUCCACACCUGCCGAGACCCGCUCCUCCCUCCUCCGCUCUGUUUCCUCUCCCGAAUUCCGUCGGGCACUCGCAUCGCUGGACCGCGCGCUCAGGACUGGCGCGACCGGACCGCUCGUGCAUGGACUGGGCCUUGAGACGAGGGCUGCGAAUGGAACGGAGGAGUUUUUGGAGGAGGUGCAGAAGCAGGCGGAUGAGCAGAAGAGGCGGGAGGGUGGCGAUGGGUCUGCGUAG